CGUAGGAGAGCCGCUAUGCGGCCGCGAAGGCUGCUGGGAGUUGUCGUUCUCUGGCCUAUCCCUGCCCUCCUGUUUCCGGUGCCGUCACGGGGCAGAGCGGUCGGUGACAGCCCCGAGGGCCCCCGCCCCGCGUCCAUGGCCGAGCCGGACCCCUCUGACUCUGUGGAGAACCAGGCAGGGAAGGUGCAGGAGGCUCAGGACUCAGAUUCAGACACUGAGGGAGGAGCAGCUGGUGGAGAAGCAGAGAUGGAUUUCCUGCGGAAUUUCUUCUCCCAGACGCUUAGCCUGGGCACCCAGAAGGAGCGUCUGCUGGACGAGCUGACCUUGGAAGGGGUGGCCCGAUACAUGCAGAGCGAGCGCUGUCGCAGAGUCAUCUGUCUGGUGGGAGCUGGAAUCUCCACAUCCGCGGGCAUCCCCGACUUCCGCUCUCCGUCCACGGGCCUCUACGCCAACCUGGAGAAGUACCACCUCCCCUACCCGGAGGCCAUCUUCGAGAUUGGCUAUUUCAAGAAACAUCCGGAACCCUUUUUUGCCCUUGCCAAGGAAUUCUAUCCCGGGCAGUUCAAGCCGACUGUCUGUCACUACUUCAUGCGCCUGCUGAAGGAGAAAGGGCAGCUCCUGCGCUGCUACACGCAGAACAUAGACACCCUGGAGCGAGUGGCGGGGCUGGAGCCCGAGGACCUGGUGGAGGCCCACGGCACCUUCCACACGUCGCACUGCAUCAGCCCCCUCUGCCGGCGCGAGUACUCGCUGAGCUGGAUGAAAGAGAAGAUCUUCUCGGACGUGAUUCCCAAGUGUGAGAAAUGUCAGAGCGUGGUGAAGCCUGACAUCAUAUUUUUCGGCGAGAACCUCCCAGCGCGUUUCUUCUCCUGCAUGCAGUCAGACUUCCAGAAGGCGGACCUCCUCAUCAUCAUGGGCACCUCCCUGCAGGUGCAGCCCUUUGCAUCCCUCAUCGGCAAGGCGCCCCUCUCCACCCCGCGCCUGCUCAUCAACAAGGAGAAGACCGGCCAGAGGGACCCUUUCCUGGGAAUGAUGCUGGGCCUGGGAGGCAGCAUGGACUUUGACUCCAAGAAGGCCUACAGGGACGUGGCCUGGCUGGGUGACUGUGACCAGGGCUGCCUGGCCCUUGCCGACCUCCUCGGAUGGAAGAAGGAGCUGGAAGACUUUGUUCGGAAGGAGCAUGCCAGAAUAGAUGCCCAGUCAGGGUCAGGGGCCCCCAACCCCACCACUUCGACUUCCCAGAGGAAGUCCCCACCGCCUGCCAAGGAGGCGGCCAGGACCACCACAGAAGGGGAGAAAACCCAGUGACAGCUGUACCUCCCAGGAAGGACACCCAGCUUCUCGGGGACAGCUGAGCCCAAACCAACCCUGUCCCCCCUAACCUGCAGCUCUAGUCUGGGGCACUCAGAACAUCCCCCAAUCUCUUAACCACUCCCUCCCAAAACUGGGGUCCCAGCUGCCCCCCACCCAACCUUAGCCAAUCUCUAACAUCUAGAGCCAAGUCUUGAGCAGCCCGUCUCUAACAGCCCAUAGUCUCUAACCACCCCAGGGGUAAAGGAGAAACCGCCCUAAUUUCUAACUGUCCCCAGGAGGCCCCAAAAUUUCUAACUAUCCCAGGACAGGGAGCUGAGAGCCCCCCACUCUCGCUACUGUUCCCAGGGCCUCUGGCCAAAUAUACCAAAUCUAACCUCGCCCGGGGGUGGCGGCCCUCCACCUAUAACUCACACCCAGCGGGGAGGGGCGGGUCUGAGCCUCAAGGGCUCCCUAGUCUCUGCCUUCAGCUCCAAGUGGGUGCUGGGCCCCCUCCACCUGGGACCCACUUCCCACAUGGGGAGGCCAGAAGACAUCACUUAUUGGAGACAAAUUAAAAAGAAAAACCACUAA